CUUCCUGCUCGCCGGCUGGCGCUGCCUCCCCUGCGGAGACAUGUCGGAGGCUCCCGGGCAGCCUUGCAUCAAGCAGGAAAGGAUUUCCUACACCCCUCCGGUGAGCCCAGUGCCAAAUUACGGUUCCUCGUCGCCACUACAUGUCCCGGUGCCUCGAGCCAUCAGGAUGGAGGAAGAUGCCAUCAGGCUCCCAGCCCACCUGCGCUUACAGCCCCUUUACUGGAGCAGGGACGAUGUGGCCCAGUGGCUGAAGUGGGCUGAAAAGGAGUUCUCGUUGAGGCCCAUUGACAGCAACACCUUUGAGAUGAACGGCAAAGCACUCCUCCUCCUGACCAAAGAGGAUUUUCGAUACAGGUCUCCCCAUUCAGGCGACGUGUUAUAUGAGCUUCUUCAGCAUCUCUUGAAGCAGAGGAACUCUCACGUGCUGUUUUCCCCUUUCUUCCACCCUGGAAAUUCGAUCCACGCCCAGUCAGAUGUCAUGUUACAUCAGAACCACGAUGAAGACAGUUUCAUCCAUCGACCGUCAAGACAAUCAACAGAUGCUGCCCACCACAACCUGCCCACUAUCGAACUCUUGCAUCGUUCCCGAUCGCCCAUCAGUGCCAACCACAGGCCUUCCCCGGAGCCUGAGCAGCGGUCAUUGAAAUCCCCGCUAGAGAACACUGUCCGUCGCCUCUCACCAGCAGACCGGCUCUCAGGGACAAGGCACCACCAAGAGAACAACCACCAGGAGUCUUACCCUCUCUCUGUGUCUCCUGUGGAGAACAACCACUGCCCAACCCCUUCUGAAGUGCUUCAGAAGCCUUCCAGCCCCCGCCAGGAGAACACCCGGGUGAUCCAGCUGAUGCCCAGCCCAAUCAUGCACCCUUUGAUACUCAACCCCCGGCACUCGGCUGAUUUCAAAGCCUCCAGGUUGUCCGAGGAUGGGCUGCACAGAGAGGUCAAGCCCAUCAACCUGUCCCAUCGGGAAGAGCUGGCGUACAUGAACCACAUCAUGGUGUCUGUCUCCCCUCCUGAAGAGCACGCAAUGCCUAUUGGAAGGAUAGCAGACUGCAGGCUCCUUUGGGAUUAUGUCUAUCAGCUGCUGUCCGACAGCCGGUACGAAAACUUCAUCCGAUGGGAGGACAGGGAAUCCAAGAUAUUUCGGAUAGUGGAUCCUAAUGGGCUGGCCCGGCUCUGGGGGAACCACAAGAACAGAACAAAUAUGACGUAUGAGAAAAUGUCUCGAGCCCUGCGCCACUAUUAUAAACUAAAUAUUAUCAGAAAGGAACCAGGACAAAGGCUUUUGUUCAGGUUCAUGAAGACCCCAGAUGAGAUUAUGAGUGGCCGCACCGAUCGCCUGGAACAUCUUGAAUCUCAGGAACUGGAUGAGCAAAUAUACCAGGAAGAGGACUGCUGAAGGAUCCAAUGCCCCCGCUUCACUUUGGUCUGUGGAGCACAGUCAGUGUGGAGGCACGUUUGGGACAGGAAGUGAAACCCCAUGACUUCGCCUUGACUAUGGUGACUGUGCAGGACCACCCCCCCAAGCACCUUAGCAAAAC